UGGCAGACGAUCCGAAAUAUUCUCCUCUCAUUCAGUUUUUCUCUUCGGUUGAAAACCGUAGCACCUAUUCUUCAAGAUGGAUUUGAACUAUUUAAGACCCAAUUUGAGAUGUCCGUAGACACGUGAAAGCGGAUAUAUUAUUGUAAUUUCAACAACGUUCUAUUUUUAUAGUAAUUACAAUUUACUCUGGGAUAUUUAAGAAGAAAAAAAUGGUUUAGUUAAUGCAAAAAGAACAAUUCUUUAUGCUUUAGAAUUUUAUUGGAAUUUUUAAAUCGAAAUUGGUGAAGAAUUCUGGAAAAAAAUGUUGUGCAGAGAUUUAGCCUGUGUGGACCGUUUUGUGUCUAAAUAUUUCCGGCACUUGGGUCGAGAAAUCGCCAAAAAUCCUGGAUAUUUCGUGAUUGUUCCAAUCCUUGUGGCUGCUUUGUUUGGAUCCGGUUUGCAAAGAAUUCGAUAUGAAGAUGAUCCCGAAUAUUUGUUUACACCCACAAACGGACGAUCCAAAACUGAAAGGAGAAUUGUGGAAACACUUUUUCCAAUGAAUUCUUCGAAAAACUUCGAUUUAGGACGGAUAACAAGACCGGGACACUUUGGAAGAGUGAUAGUUGUCCCACGGGACGAAGGUUCUGUUCUAAGAAGCGAAGUAUUCGAUGAAAUAGAUGAAUUGAACAUGAUAGUUCAGAACUUGACGAUCCAUUUUGAAGAACGGUUAUGGAGAUACGAGGACAUAUGUGCCAGAAAGCUUGGUGGGCAUUGUUUCAAAAAUGAUAUCCUGGAUUUUAAAUAUCUUGUUCGAGAAAUGGAAGAAAAUCCUGAUGUGAAAAUGACCUUUCCUUUGAUGCAAACCCCCAACAAAGUUUACUUUUUAGGGGGAGCAUUAGGUGGGGUUGGUAUAGAUGAGAAUAAUGUCAUUGUAAAUUGUAGUGCUGCGAAUCUAAUGUAUUACCUAGACUGGAGUAACCAAAGGGCUGAAAGUAUGGCUAGACUUUGGGAAGCUACUUUUUUAGAAACUGUGGAUUCUCUGAAUGAUCAAUUUGAAUAUAUAUCGCUUGCUAUGUUCGUUUCGAAUACGUUGACAAAGGAAUUGCAAAAAAACACCCAAAGUGUAGUGCCUUUCUUAAGCCUGACACUAGUCAUAAUGUUGGUUUUUUCGAUUGUUACCUGUAUGAUGGCCGACUGGGUGAAAAGUAAACCUUGGCUUGGAGUUAUAGGGUGCAUUUCAUCCAUUAUGGGUGUAGGAGCUGCUUUUGGUCUGAUAAUGUACUUUAAUCUGGAAUUCAUUGGAAUCAAUUUGGCCGCUCCUUUUCUUAUGUUGGGCAUCGGUAUGGACGACUCAUUUGUAUUAUUGGCAUCUUGGCGAAGAACAGAUCCAAAGCUGAGCGUGGUUGACCGUCUUGGCGAAACUUAUGCCGAAGCUGCAGUAUCUGUUACCAUCACAUCUCUGACGAACUUCAUUAGUUUCUGGAUUGGUGCUAUAACUCCGUUCCCUUCAGUUCGAAUCUUUUGCAUCUACACCGCUACAGCAGUCCUCUUCACCUACAUCUAUCAGCUCACCUUUUUUGGAGGAUGUAUGGCUAUAUCUGGCAUUGCAGAAGAAAGAAGCCUGCAUGCCAUGUUUUGUGUGCCAACUAUGCCAAAAUCUCUAGCAAAGGGCAAGAGCUGGUGCUACAGAGUUUUUUGUACUGGAGGAAAAAACGACGAUGAUCCUGACAAUCCUAUGGACAACCAGGAGCACAGCUUAAUGGUUUUCUUCAGAGACUACAUGGGAGUCUUCCUCAGUAAACCAUGGGUAAAAGCUUCAGUGGUCCUGUGUUUCAUGAUGUACCUUGCUGUUGGAAUAUGGGGAUGCCUUCAAGUACGUGAAGGACUAGAACGAUACAAGCUAUCCAGGAGCGAUUCCUAUUCUGUCACCUUCUACGAAAGAGAAGAUAAAUACUUUAGGAAAUAUGCUUACAGGAUUCAGGUGGUGGUCAACGCAACAUUAGAUUAUUCCAAUGAAACAGUACAGACACAGAUAGAAAGCAUGCUGCAAAAGUUCGAAUCCAGUCCCUAUGUUUCAGGUCCUGAUUUGACAGAAUCGUGGCUUAGAGCUUUUAACCGCUUUACAAACGAUACUCGCACUUCUUUCAUUUUGCAGUCUUACAACAAAUCGGAUUCAGCUGAUUUUAUAAAGAUUUUAGAUGUGUUUUUCAACUACCCCCUAUUUCAAAACUUCAGGCACGAUGUUCUUUUUAAUGAGGAUAAAAGUAAAAUUGUUGCCACGAGGUAUGUAAUUCAAGCCUACAAUAUUAUUGAUGCCAACAAAGAGAAAGACAUGGUAUUGGAGCUCAGGAAGAUAGCUGAUACGCAACCAUUUUCUGUUAAUGUGUUUCAGCAGUAUUUCAUCUACUUUGAUCAGUUUAUUCUAGUUAGAGAUACUUCUAUACAGUCAAUCUGUGUUGCUGUUGCUGUCAUGAUAUUUAUAUCAUUGCUGUUUAUUCCAAGUUUGCAUUGUGCUGUAUUUGUUGCGUUCUCUAUAAUAUCAAUUGAAGUUGGAGUUAUUGGAUAUAUGACUUUAUGGGGCGUCAAUCUGGAUUCAAUAUCUAUGAUAAAUCUAAUUAUGUGCAUCGGGUUUUCGGUGGAUUAUUCAGCUCAUAUUUCUUAUGCUUACUUUUCUUCAGAGAAAAAGACGCCAAAUGAUGGUAUCAGAGCAGCUUUACAUUCUCUUGGUGUGCCCAUCUUUCAAGGUAGCAUUUCGACUAUUUUAGGGGUCAUCGCAUUAAUAUUUGCUCCAUCUUACAUAUUUCUAACCUUCUUCAAAACUGUGUUUUUAGUCAUUUUGUUUGGAGCCCUGCAUGGAAUUUUACUGCUUCCUGUACUUUUAUCCCUUUCCGAUUCGUGUUUCAAUUCAAAAGUAUGUUCCAUCUGUCGUCAUUUCUCGCACAGCUGUAUUUGCAAUCCACUACAUUCUCCAGAAAAAGCUCCAAUCCCAAGCUUGCCGAUUGCAGACUUUACUCAGUACGGUGUUGUUCAACCCCCUCGAUUAAUGUCUGCAAACGGAUUUUUAGCACCGGAAACAAGAUUUGUUCCCCCUUUGAAAGUGAAAGAUGUAGAUGACAACAGCAGUAAAGGCUCGAAGCUUGGCGACCUUUGGCAAGAAAAUGGUGAUAAAGAUUUGGGUAUAGGCACUAGUGGUGAAAGUAGUGAUGGUAGUUGGAAAUGCCCCCAUGAGGACAGAGAAAGAUCCCCCGUUCAUUCGCCACACAAUUUGCCACCAGUUGUUACCAAUUCAGCCAAUUUGGCGCGUCGGCCCCAGGAACAUGAUAAUCCUGCUUUUUCUAUUGAAGAAGAGGUUCAUCCUGCUCAUCCUCAUCACAACCGUCGCCAACAAGAAAGGCAACCAAGCAAAACCAGAAGUUCUUCGUGUUCUUUUCCACGUGAUCGAAUGCGCAGUUACAUUGAUGACGUGGCAAUAAAUAGAUCAGCAGUGCCUUGUCCUGCGCACGAGCAUUCCGCGCAGGGAAGAACUUCCAGAGAAAACCCAAAUUAUUUUUUUCACGGUCCUCCAAGACGACCCAUCAGCGGAGGACAUUUAAAUAGAAUCGAAGACUGGGUUCAAGAUCCAAGGGAACGGCCCAGACGAUCACGUGACAGAACCACCGGACGCGAUGGUGAGCCAGACAAAAUGUUUACCGUUAGAUUAUGACAAUCGGACAACGUAGGACAAUUUUCUACAUUGACAAAACACAAAUAAGGCAUGGUAAAUUAUUUGUAAUGUACAAAAGGGAAAUUCCCGGCCAUGUUUUCAAUGACGAGAGCUUUCAUGGGACCAGCUAAUAUUUCUGGUAGUUUAUGAAACAGAAGAAAAGUCUACCUCCAUAAGCUCAAAAUUUGCUUGAAUUUUCUUCUUUUGAUUGAUUGGUUACUUUGAAAACAAAGUUUUUAAUCACGUUAUCGAAGCGUAACCUUUCAACCAUGUUCGGCCCGUGAGAAAAAGCUGAUUUUAAAGAUCAAAAUGUUCUUUAACUUUCUAACACAUAAAAUAAUGAUAUACAUUGGAAAUUGGAGUGAAUUUCAAGGGCAAAUAUCUCUCAGAAGGAUAUCUGAAUAGGUGCUACGUUAACAAAUCUUUAUGCAAAUAAUCAUUCCAAGAAAGACACUACAUCUGAAGAGUGCCUUUCGGCAAGUCAUGUUGGUGUUGAAGUCGAUUGAAUGCACUAAUUUUAUGCUUUAAUCCAAUUUCCGAAACAAAGUAUAAAAUUUUUUCCUUGUAAAGCUUUUAUUGCAGCUCAAAUUUCUUUAGUAAUAGUUUUUUUCUACCAUUCAAUGACUUUUCCAAUUUUCGAGUCAUAUUUGAGUGAACUGCACUGCUUGUAAAUAGAUCAUAAAUACUCAAUCUUGCCACUUGUAAACUAUUUUCAAGUAACAUUUUUCGAACUAGAUAAUCCAUUUUUGGAAAAAAGUCAAUUAUCAACAAAAAAAUCAGUAUGGUGCAGGAUUUUGAGUGAAUGUAACGUUUGAUGUAAGUACUUUUUGUACAGUUGUGUAUUAAAAAAAUUUUUUUUAAACAA